UUGCCCCGCCCAUCAGAAAGUGGGUGAAAGGUCGGCGGGGCCGGUGCUGCGCCUGGGACAGUGUAGCUAGGCGGCAGGGAACGUGCAGACACGCUGACAGACGGACCAUGACAGACCAGGCGAAGCCCAUCAGCCCGCUGAAGAAUCUCCUGGCCGGCGGCUUUGGAGGCAUGUGCCUGGUGUUCGUGGGACACCCGCUGGACACGGUUAAGGUCCGACUACAGACGCAGCCCGCGAGUUUGCCUGGACAGCCCCCCAUGUAUUCUGGGACCUUUGACUGUUUCCGGAAGACUCUCAUUAGAGAGGGCAUCACGGGGCUGUAUCGAGGCAUGGCUGCCCCCAUCAUCGGCGUCACCCCCAUGUUUGCUGUGUGCUUCUUUGGGUUUGGUUUGGGGAAGAAACUGCAACAGAAACACCCAGAAGAUGUGCUCAGCUAUCCCCAGCUGUUUGCAGCUGGGAUGUUAUCUGGCGUAUUCACCACUGGAAUCAUGACCCCAGGAGAACGGAUCAAGUGCCUGUUACAGAUUCAGGCUUCUUCAGGGGAAACCAAAUACAGUGGUGCCUUAGACUGUGCAAAGAAGCUGUACCAGGAGGCUGGCAUCCGAGGCAUCUACAAGGGGACUGUGCUCACCCUCAUGCGAGAUGUUCCAGCCAGUGGGAUGUAUUUCAUGACAUAUGAAUGGCUUAAAAAUAUCCUCACUCCAGAGGGAAAGAGUGUCAGUGAGCUCAGCGUGCCUCGGAUCCUGGUGGCUGGGGGCAUCGCGGGAAUCUUCAACUGGGCGGUGGCCAUCCCUCCAGACGUGCUGAAGUCCCGCUUCCAGACUGCACCUCCUGGAAAAUAUCCUAAUGGUUUCAGAGAUGUGCUGAGGGAGCUGAUCCGGAAUGAAGGAGUCGCAUCAUUGUACAAAGGUUUCAAUGCGGUGAUGAUCCGAGCCUUCCCGGCCAAUGCGGCCUGUUUCCUUGGCUUUGAAGUUGCCAUGAAGUUUCUUAAUUGGAUCGCCCCCAACUUCUGAGGCUGAAGGCUGCUCAAGGCUUCUGGAUGCUGGAAACUGUUACUGAAGAAGAGCAGCGGGCAGGACUAGGCCUUCCUGAAGGGCGAGGGGAGGGGGAUGGUGGGAUCAGAGCUCUGUGCAUGGACUUGUUGAGACCGUUUGCCUUAAUGACAUCCUCUACCUGGUAUGACAUGGCUUGCCAUUUUGAAACUUGAAUUCACUCUUGUCUAAGGAUCUCAGGAGGAUUUGGAGGUGGAGUAAGUAGCUUCUAGACCAGAUACCACUUGUAGCCAGAAUACUGUCUAUGGAUUGGUUGGCUACUGGCCCUACUAUAACCCAAAACACUGGUCUCGAAAGAGAAAAGUUCAGCCUUUUACUGCAGGUGCUAUGCAUGUUUUCAGCCAGCUAACCAGGAGCUUCUUGGAUCCCUAGGCAGGAACACCCACCAGAUUUCUGUGGUAUCAUUCUAUCCUGACCUACACAGGAGGGUAUGAACUUGAGGCCCAUGUCGGAUGGUCUAGUGGAAUGAGCAAAUGUGUAGGGGCAGAUAGCCUGAUAACUGUAGGGUUGUUUUUUUUAAGGCAUGCAAGUAAUCAAAAUCAAAUCUAGAGUAGUCUAAUUUCCCAGGAGGAGGCGGAGAGCUUUCCCUCCUGCACACCGAGGAGAGUUUUGAAUCGGCAGUCCCAGCCUGCUAGGAUGAGAAAGCCCAAGGUGUCAGAAGGCUCUCUUUGCACAUUCUUUUCCCAUGAGAGCCCCCUGUUUUUACAGGAAGCAAUAAAUAUUAUUUUUAA